UUUAAAAUGUCUUUGUUGUUCAACAAAUAAUUUAAAAUUAAAAAAAAAAAAUCCAAGACUACAUUUUUACUAGAUACCUUUUUUAUAGAUUCUUAAAAUAUUACAUUCUUUGGAAUUUACAAAAGUAUGUUUAGGUAUUCUGGAUGAUUAAGUAAAUAAAUUGUUACACAAAAUGGCAAACGGCAAAUUUCUUGUGAAGACUCAAUGGAAAAUGUUAAUAUUUUCCGCCAGCAAAAACCCGAUGAAGAUAAACAAUCAGGAUAAGGAAGUGGUUGUGCUGGCAGGAUUGCAAUGGGGUGCCGGAUGGCUUGGGGUGGCAACUUGGAUCCAUCCUUGCCGUGUGCCGAGUGCAAGUGCCUGCGCGUUUAUAACUUUUCAACUGUUCAGAAAGUUGCCAGGAUAUUUGAACAUGCACAUGCACACACAUGAGGACCCUGCCAAAAGGACCAGUGCCAGGGACAACGACUCCGACCCAGUGACACAACAUGCCAAAACUCAGUCUAUUAGUUUGUCAGUUUAUAAAGAAACAUGCCCAAAAAGACCGACCGACAGACCGAGCCCCUUCAAUCCGCCUUCCUCUCCUGGUCCGCACCAAUUUUUGUUAAUUUCAACUUGAGCAGUAACCCACACACACAUACACACACGUACAGGGAGAUUCAUCCAAAGUUGAUGCUGGGAAAAUUCCAGAAAUUGAAAUGUGAAAACUCAAACAUUCCGAUGAUACAAAAAAAAAGGAAUGGCAAAAGAAAUACCCAACUCGAACAUCAUUUGCAGCAAUAAAGGAAGUCAGGAUACUCGACAGACGCAGCAGGAGCAACAGCAAUGCGUCAAAUGAAUUGAGGCGUGGUCGGUGGCGGAUGGGCGGAUAGCAAGUUGGGCAUGGAGGCGUGGGGCGUGGUUGGCGUCCCCACAGAACUCACUCACUACGACAUUAUCAUAAUUAAUUAAAAAAGUUUUUUAAAUCAAUUUCCAAAUGCCACGAAGUGUCUGCAAAGAUGUUUGAUGAACCGUGGCCAACGAGAGCAGCAGCUGAAAAAAUUGAUAACUUUGGCUUGUCAUGGACAAGGACGGAAUCGAGAACGGGAAUGAGAAUGAGAAUGGGAACGGAAUCAAAAGCCGGGUAAAAAUUCCAAAGCAUAAAAUGACUGCCAGCUUGAUCCACUCAAAAAUAUUCUGGAAAUUCCUCGAUUAGUAUUUGCAACGGGUCAAAAUGUCGGCAGUGAAUGGACUUUUAUCCAAAUGAAAUCAGAUGCGUUUUGGCCAGAUGCAGAAUAUUUUUGCAUAAGUUUUUCAUUAAAGAAAUAGGAUAGCCUUGAGGUAAA